AUGGCGACGACGGCAAUCGCCGCGAUUUGGCUCCUGAUUCCUGCCAUCGUUGUCAUCGCCGCAGCUUCAGCAGCCAUGGGUCUGUUCGGUGGGAAUAAGCUACCCGUUGAGGGAAAGACGGUCCUCAUCACCGGCGCGUCCGAAGGCAUGGGACUGUCCGCAGCACAGAAGCUUGCUGCCCGGGGUGCCAACGUCAUCCUCAUCUCCCGCAACGUUGGCAAGCUCGAAGAGGCCCUUGAUUCGGUCAAGGCCGCUGCGAAGCACCCCAGCUCGCAACGCUUCCACUACAUCUCGGCCGACGUAUCUACGUCCUCGUACGCCGCUCCCGUCAUCGCUGAAGCUAUUAAGUGGAACAAUGGAAAGUCUCCCGACAUCGUUUGGUGCGUUGCCGGUACGUCGGUGCCCGAGCUUUUCGUCGACAUGGAUAUGGAGUCACUGCGCAAGCAGAUGAACGUGAACUUUUACGGCACUGCAGAAAUGUCCCACGUUAUUCUGAAAGAGUGGCUUGCCGUCGAUGCGCCUGUCGAGAAGGAGCCCAAGCAUCUCAUCAUGACUACGAGCGUCGUUGCCCUUUAUACCAUCCCUGGCUAUGCCCCCUACGCACCCUCCAAAUGGGCCAUUCGAGGGCUUGCAGACACAAUCUCCCAGGAGAUGUUGAUGUACCCCCAAAACGUUAGAGUCCAUGUAGUAUACCCAGGAAGCAUCCUCUCCCCCGGUUUCGACAGGGAAAACGUCACCAAACCCGCCAUCACCAAGCUUCUGGAGGAAAGUGAUCCGAAGCAAACGCCUGAUGAGGUGGCCGAAGCUGCCAUCCGCGGACUCGAAAGGGGUGACUACUUUGUCACAGUGAACUUCCUCGGCACCUUGAUGAGAUGGGGGAUGAUGGGUGGUUCGUUUCGAAACAAUUGGGUCCUGGAUACCCUUGGCGCUUGGCUGGUGUCCAUUGUCUGGAUGUUCGUCCAAAUGGACCUACACGGCAAGAUCAAGAGUUAUGGCAAAAAGUACGGCCACCCAAGUACAGCCAAGAAGCAUCAAGUUUAA